GGGACGGCCCUUGUUCGUCUCGUAGUUAAAUAAACAAUCUGAAAUGUGCACUUAGGAUUAGCGUGUGUCAGAGGAGCGGAUUUUGAUGUUUUGUCUUGUCAGUUCUAAUUAGCCCUCACGUCCUCGCCUCCGUGAAGGGUUUAGGUUACUCUUGUACAAACACGUCAGUCUUAGUCUUGCAGAUAUAGAGAACAGGAAUGUGUCAGGCAUUACUCACACAGCGCCAGCAUAGAACAAAAUUACUUAAUAUACUUAGUGUACUUAUACAAUAACAGACUUUUCCUUAGAGCUGAUACAUCUGUCGAUAUUUCAUUUUCGUUUAAGCAGCAAUGUUUAUUUUGACCCGAAGCGAAUGUGACAUCUCAGCAUUACUUCAUACAUCAGUGAAUUGUCAUUAUUUUGUAAGUAUCUUUGAAGAGAAACUGAUGUCCGUCCCCAGUUUUAUUUGGUUUGUGUGAAUGAAAAUUGUGAGUCACUUGUCCCUUUCAUUUUGAAGAGAGAGUGAAGACUGAGGCGUGAGUGUAGGUGAGGAAGGGAAGACUGAAACGUGUGAGUGACUGCAUGAGGGAGUGUCGCCUGGGGUGUCCUCCGGCCCAGGGAAGGGAGGGCGAGGGAGAGGUGGACGGGGAAGAGGAGGGACGGAGGAGGCGGCCCGAGCGGUGCGUGGCCGGGCUUUGGACGGAGACCCGCACAGUUGCAGCUGCACGGCCGCGGCGACCACACGGCUGAGAGCAGCGCGCGCCUCGCUACCGACACACGCCCGGCGCCAUCACCACGCGCGCCACGCCGUCUCGCCCACCCGCGGAGAUCUGGUGCCACGGAUACCCGCGCCCGCAGCCGCUGUCAGCUUAUGUCUCCCCAGGGCUUGAUAGCACGCAAGGACUGACACGGACUAUGACACUGGCAUAAGAAAAUGUGAUUGAGAAGGAGGAGGAGGAGGAGGCAGUACAGUUUGAUACCCGUCCCAGGUGUGCAGUGCCAACUUUAUCCCGUCUGCUUAUCCCUUUGAAAAGUCGUGACCCAGCAACCCGUCCUCCCGCACGCGGCCCUCUCGUCCUCUGCCAUCUCCUCUCCUUCAACCGGGAGGCUGAGGACACCUACCCAAGAGGAAGAAGAAGGAGGAGGAGAAGGAGGAGGAGAGGGUGGAGAAGGAGGAGGUGGAGAGGGAGCGGGUCGAAGAAGGCAUGAGGGGAGGCCAUGGUGGCGGUGGUCGAGGGUAGAGGGAGGCAUGGAGUCGUGUGUGUCCCAGCAGCACUACGUCACCCCGGGCGCCACCUCCCUGCCCAUGAGCGAGUACGUCCAGAUGCCCCCGGACAUGGGCCCCCACCCGGCCAUGACCUCCUACCUGGAGUCUCUCCCGCCAGGUGUGGGCAUGCCCGAGUACCCCUGGAUGAAGGAGAAGAAAACGGUGAGGAAGCCUCCCCAGCAAGCUGCUUUCGGUCAUACGUUCCCCUCUUGGUGGGAGACUGUAAUGGAUAAUGAAGAAAUGACGUUCAUGAUUGCCGGUAUGGCCACCUCUCCCGCCGCGGCCAUCAACUGCCCCUCCGUUGGCGCCGAGCAUCCGAUCAAGUCCUUGACAAUGAAGAGGCACGGAAGCAGACACCUAAGUCAUCAUCUUUACGAUGUGUCCCCAGGUGUGCAGACGCAGCGGCAGUAUUCCAACAGGUCCAACGAGAACGGUCUUCCCAGGAGGCUUCGCACGGCUUACACCAACACACAACUACUUGAGCUGGAGAAGGAAUUUCACUUCAACAAGUAUCUGUGUCGGCCGAGGAGGAUAGAGAUCGCUGCCUCCCUCGACCUCACGGAGAGACAGGUAAAGGUGUGGUUCCAGAAUAGGCGGAUGAAGCACAAGCGGCAGUCGAUGGCCAAGUCGUCGGAUGAGCAGGACAAGAAGGGGGUCCGGGGAGCAGCGGGCGGGGAUGCACGAUGACGCCACCAACAACAACACCAAGUCCGUGCCGUCCUCGCCAGACAGUAUGUGCUCCUCGGACGUCAAAAAAGAAGAGAGCAACGAUAGUCUGCCGCUGCCCAGCGCAUCGGUAUCGUCCGGGGUUCCUCCCUACCUCCGCCAGCUCUGGGGUGCCGGGGGGACCCAGAGGCGGAACCGCCCCGGUCCCGCCUCUCGACUCCAGCAAGGUGAAGUGCGAGGAUGGCAGCGGCCUGAGGUAUCCCGGCCCCCUCGGAUUCACUGGGGAAAGGCCUCACCCUCAAGGAUGGCGGUCCGCAGGACAUACCACCCCUCAACACCCCUCCCAUCCCUCGCGCCACACCGCCCCUCACCCCUGCCACCCCGACCGCCUCCCCUGCCCAUCUAGCCGGCACAAGAGGAGUGCCUGGCUCCCCUGCCCUCACAACCCCGCCCACCAGCUCAUCCAGAACCGUGGCCCUCACCGCCACUACCACCGCUUCCGCCGCCGCCUCAACCUCUAACUCUGUCACUCCUCACGGCUUCGGCAGCGGCGUGGGAGGACGUGGGGGAGCCGGGAGAGGCUCCACCUAUUCAUCUUACUGUGGCGGCAACAACACCACCACCAACAACAAUGUCACCGGCGACGGCAAGGGGCGCGGGGUCACCGGGGCCUACUCGGGGCCGUACCGGGGCUCCUGGGCGGACCAGUACCGGGGCAUGGGCCGCGCCACUCCGCCCCAGUACAUGGCCAGCACAAACACCCGCGCCUCCAGCGCUCACGGUUACGAUUACACCUGCGCCCAGCAACACCAGCAACAACAACAGCAGCAACAACAGCAACAGCAGCAGCAGCGGGGCCCAACACAUGUACAAUGGCGGCUAUAGCAUGGAUGGUUACAACUACAACCGCCACUACUACAACAACAUGAUGUGUGGUGACGGCUACUCCAGCUACAACUACAUGUACAGCAAUGGCGGAAUGUACGCCUGUGGCGGCCUAGGGCGACGCAUCGGCACAGCAGUAUUAUGACUCCUACGCCAUGUGUGGUGCCACAGGCUAUGACCAGACGGAGAAGGGCGCCGCCAUGGCCUCCAUGGCAGCCAACAACCAGUCCAACAUAGCCAACAUGGCAGGCAUGGGUCCGGGCGGAGGCUACUACAAACAAUGGCACUACCACUGGAGGCACGGGCAGUGAGGGCGUCGCCUACCAGGACCAGCAGUACCAUCACCAGCAGCACGAGCACGACCUUAACUUCACGUUCAAUUUCUUCGAGCAGAGUGGUGGUGGGGGCGGGACUGGCGGGGGUCCGGGCGGCGGGGGGCAGGGCGGCGGGACUGGCGGCAGCACCGCCCCCAGCGAGAACAGCAACUCCUCCGACUUUAACUUCCUCACCAACCUGGCCAAUGACUUCGCCCCGGAGUAUUACCAGCUGAGCUGAGCCCCACCACCCUCGCAGGCUCCCCUGUCCUGCCCCCACAACACUGGUCUUUCAAAAGAAUUAGAGGUUUAUGUCCGCACGCUGUGAGACACGUUCCUUUCACAAGGUUUGUCGGGGACUCAGAACCCAGCAGUGUCCGGACCUCUUUCAUCCACUCCCCACCAUCGGCCCCAUAGUGUAUAAGAUGAAGGCGUCCCUCCCCUCGUGUGUCGUCUUAGCCUCCCUUCACUUUCCCCGUCAGAGUCAUUCUCGGAAAACUAGGCAACCACUGGUCUAGCGGCGAGCGCCACUGCCGAGGAGCAAGUGAGCGGCCAAUACAAAUGCCAAGUGUUCCUUGAGGUGAGCGUCGGCUUGAUCCGUGUCGGUUCCAUCAGUGUCGUGCGUUACUACUUAAGUAUUGACUCUGAGCUGACGUGAUGUGAUCCCGAGGAUGGGAUGGCGGCGGCUGUGAAUGCCACUGCUGCCAGUGUAGAGUUAACCACGUGACUGGAUAACUGGACCCAGGAGGAGCAGUGUGUGUGGUGGGCGUCCCUCGGCUCAGAGCCACGUGACAAUCCACCACUCACUCGCGCUGUAGAAUUGUGUUGCUGAUCAUUCCAGACUCUGUCCCUCCGCCUCCCCGCGCCCUGUAGCUGUCUGCCCACCACCCACGUGCAGCGGUAGAGAGGUAGUUCCCUGACUUCCGUGUAGUGAUAAGCUUCAGACUCUCCAUGGUGGGGCCUCUUCCUUCGGGCCGCUGGUGACAUGGGGCGUGGACGUGUUGUUACAGUUUCUCAGCAAUAAUUUA